CGAGACAGCGGCAAUCCGGUAUAUAAGAUUUCACAAACACUUUGCCGCAAAUCAAACACAUAUUCUGAUCAUUUCCAGGAUACUCGCUGGUGUCGUAAUUUCCUUGUUCCAUAGCCAGUCGCUGAAAAUGCCUCACGCAGAGUCACCCGAAGCUGAACAGAUAUUCGGCGGCGAAAAGUUGUUCGUCAACGACGGGCCGCUGAGCCCAGAGGAAUGGACUGAUUUGACACCUACGACACUCGACGCUCCCAUCGAGGAGGUGCGCCGGCGAUUUAGAGAGGAUGGCUAUCUCUUUCUCAAAGGCCUACUACCUCGCGCCGACGUCCUGAAAGCCAGAGAAGAGUACUUCAAGCUCCUGGCGCCCAGUGGCGUCCUGAAACCAGGAACGGACCCGGUGGACGGUAUUUUUGACUCGUCCAAGGACAAGCUCGACUUCCCCGGCAUUGGCGCAGGCUUCACCGAUUCGAACGGUCGUCCAACCGGACCACAUCCUGAAGUCGCUCAAUGUUUCGUCGACCUGGCUCUUCAAGCCCACACGGAGCAUUGGUACAAGGAAGACUUUUGCAAGCAUCCUGCUCUACGGGACUAUAUCGCUAAACUGACAGGUUGGGGCGACAACACACUGGGUAUCCGCCGGACACUCUUGCGGAACAAUACACCAGGGAACAAAGCGAUCGGAGUGCACUAUGAUCAGAUCUUCCUACGAUACGGCGAGGACACCGCGGUGACUGCUUGGAUCCCUGUCGGCGACAUAUCCAGACAAGGAGGUGGCUUGAUAUAUCUCGAAAAGGGCCACACUUUGGGCGCAGAGAUCGAAACACAAUUCACCAAAAAGGCCAAAGCAAGCGGGCUGAGUGAUGAAGAAGCCAAGAAUGCCUUCAAUCAAAACAUGAUGAGUGGUGGGCUCCUCGCUGACGGUCCGUCGGAGUUUGGUAAGCGAUACAAUCGUCGAUGGUUGUUGACCGAGUAUGAAGCCGGAGACGUUGUCCUCCACAACGCUUAUGCGAUCCAUGCCUCUACCAUCAACCAUGACCCAGAUAAUAAGAUCCGACUAGGAACCGAUUUGAGGUUCGUUGAUCAGUCGAAACCGUGGGAUACUCGGUGGGGGAAGGACUACGCUUUCGGAGAUGGUGUGUAGGGAGGGAGUGGACGGCAGCUUUUAUUCUCCAACCCAUUUUCAAAAGUCGUCCACGACUAGCCCAACGUCUUUCUCUGUGGCCAUUUGAAGAAGGUCUCCGCCCACGACGGUAUCCAUAAUUCCCAUGCCAACACACUUGAACACAAGGUUCCCUUGAAGUGCAAAUGGCUUGUCGCUAAGAAGUUCACCUAGCUCGAUCAAUU